UCGAUCCACGCUGGUAUUAGUACCGUUGUUCGGUGUCCACUAUGCUAUAUUAUUAGGAAUGUCCUUCUCUGCUGGAGUGAACGAACUUGUGGAGCUCAUCUGGUUGUAUAUCGAUAUUUCGUUUUCCUCAUUCCAAGGAUUUUUCGUUGCGUUAUUGUACUGCUUUUGUAAUGGAGAGGUACAGCAAGAACUUCAUAAACUGUGGCUGCACUGGUCGAUCACAAAGACAUUUUAUCUUCGUUCUCAACAGUCCAUCCUCACUCAGUCCCUAAGUUAUCUUAGCCGUGGUCGAAGCUCUGUGCAGUCUCUUCACUCCUCUGCUGUUGAAAGACGAGAUGUCAUUCAAAGCACAAAUCCUUCACCAUGCAUAUCUCGUCAGGAUAAUUACUGUGAGAGUAUGUCCCUACACCCAACGCCCCACACGCCCAGCAUAAUGCAUACGUUCUUAUAUGAUGAUUGCAAGAAACUGGGCCAUUCAAGUCUGGAAUUGGUUCACGUUAGUUGUGGUAAUAGAACCUUAUCGUCUGGCUAUGAUUCUCCACGAAUAUCAUCAAAGGACAUCAGCUUCAACACAAAAGCAGAGAAACACAAGAAAACCAAACUUCUGAAAAUUAGAAAAUAUGGACAGCAUGGUCAACGAGAAAGUUCUCUAUGAAAUGAUUCUGUUUUUGUCAACUGUAGAGGAUACCACAAUUUUCUUUGAACCAAGUUAUCCAUUUGGUAUUUUCUCUACCCUUAACCAGAGUUACUCAGAAGGACAAAAGAAGCUUAGAAUGUUAAAGUUUGGCUGUUAAGUAAAGUUC